CACAAUUCUGAUUUAAUAUUUGAUGAAAUUUCAUUUUCUUAUUUUGUUUAAAUCUAUUUGAGUUAGGCCUUAUUGUGAAUACUGAAAAAUGGGUCUUCAUUAUGGAGUCCUAAGCCAGAAAAUGGUGUCUGCAUUUCAAAUCGUUUCAGCUUAUGUGCAGCACUUCUUCAAUUACAUCUUGAGCAGGCUGCAAAAAUGUAUUGGUUAUGGGUUCUUGAAGAAGAAUAUAAUAUUAUUUCUUGAAAAAAUAGCUCCAAAUAGUUUUUACGAGGAAAAGGAGAAAAACUCAGAGUUAGAUUCGAAAUUCAAAAUUUCAACUUGUGAAGAGUUUAGCACAAUCAAGAAUGGAAAAGUUGGUAGUUUUAUUUAUUAUUCUGAGUUGGAAAGUGAGGAUGUUUCAGAAUUUGAUGAAGAAUUUCUAAAUGUAUCUAACCUUAUAAGUUGUGAGGAAAACCAUAAUGAGAGAAUGGAUUUAUUGGAGAAUGAUGACUUUACAAACUUCAUUGAAAAUCAUAACAAAUACGAAAAGUUAGAAAAUUAUAAAUAUGAUAGGUUUGAAGAUUUCAAUUUAGGACCAAAAAAUGAUGUAAGGCCAUUAUGGGAACACCAAGAAUUGAUUGAUCAAUUGAAAGUGGAGCUUAGAAGGGAGAGGUCUUCAAAUUUACCUACCAUUUUAGAAGAAUCGGAGUCACCUAAAUUAGUAGGAGGAAAAUUGAAGGGAUGCAAAAUUGAUGAUGAGCACCAAAAGUGUAUGGCCGAGCUUCACAAAUCGUACCAUAGCUACACACAAAUGAUGCGCAAGUUCGAUAUUUUGAAUUACCAAAAGAUGUAUGCUAUGGGUUUUCUUCAAGUGAAAGACUCAUUUGAAUCCUCCCCACACCCAAAAAAGGCUAAAGCCCCAACUCUAAAAUCACUGGUCUUUCAAAAACUGUGGCUAUUGAGGCCCAAAAGACAUGGCACAGAGCCCAUGAAGAAGUUAGCCCAACAGUUGCUUGGCGAUUUUGAAGUGGUUUACGUUGGUCAAAUGUGUUUGUCGUGGGAGUUUUUACAUUUUCAGUAUGGCAAAGCCUUGCAUUUAUGGAGUUGUGAUCCAUGUGGAAUUCGUAAGUAUAAUGAGGUGGCGAACGAGUUUCGACAGUUUCGAGCGCUUAUGCAGAGGUUUAUAGCGGACGAGCACUGCCAAGGGUCGAGGGUGCAAAAUUACGUGAAAAACCGAUGUGUCCUUCGUAAUCUACUUCAAGUUCCUCUCGUCAGAGAGGACUACACGCAAAACAAUAACGAGGCAUAUAAAAAAGACAGAGAUGUUCGCUAUGGAGUCACAAGUGAGAUGCUAGUGGAGAUGAUUUUAAACUCAAUACAAAUAUUUCGGAAAUUUGUUCAAUCGGAUAAUGAUUGCAACUCUUCACCAAUUAAUGGCAACAAGAAAUUGCCCAAUCUUCAUAAUUCUGAAGAUCUCAAGCUGCUGUUACAAGUCAGAAAAAAAAUUCAAAAGAAGGAGAAGAAGUUGAGGGAUGUCUUGAAAAGCGAAAAUUGCAUUUUGAGGAAAUUUGGACAGAAUAAGGAGGAUGACGUUGAUCACAUUUUUGCCCAGAUAGAUAUGAAACUAAUGUGUAGAGUUUUUAACAUGUCAAAAAUAACAAGGGAUCAAUUGAUGUGGUGUGGAAAUAAGUUGAGUAAGAUUAGUUUUGUCAGCAGGAAAAUUAAUGUAGAACCGGGCAUUGUUCCCUUUCCUUGCAGUUGCUAGUUUAAUUGGCAAGCAUUUAUUUAUUUUCUUCAAUAUUUUGAUUAAGAACCUCAAAGAAUUUGGCACAUUAAAUAAUUUAAUUCCUUAACUUUAUGGUUGAC